UGCGCAUGUGUGUGUGUGUAUGUGCGUGCACGCAUGUGUGUGUGCGCGCGUGUGUGUAUGUGGUGCGUGUGUGCUUCCAGGUACUUACACCAGCUAGCGGCUGGUUUUCAUGGCCCCAAGUUCUGCAUUGAUCCUUGCAUGGCAUUGCAGCGAAUGUACAUGGCGUAGACCUACUCUUUUGUCAACGUAGCUGUAUACGGUGGCAUGGUCUUCACAUACAGUACUACAACUGAGUACAAGGGUAGUACUGCAUACCACCACGUACCAGUGCGUACAGGUCAGUCAAGCUGGCCCAGCUCUGGCGCGGAGUAGGAAAAUACCGGUGCUUUACUACUCGGAUCCUGUGUCUGCGGUCCGUGUUUCUGCGGCCUGACAAAGCCAAGCCACAUGCUGCACUAAACUUGAGUGUACAGUACAGUCAGUGCAAGCUCCUCUCCACGAACUACUUGAAACCGUUGGCAUUUGUUCGCUUGGUGGUUUCUUGGCCGUCCGAAUUUGUGCUUUGCUGAACAAGACUUGUUGUUUUGACAGCAUGCAGUUUGUGGUUUAUGACUAAUACUUUCAUAGAUUUUAUUCACUACCUCCCACUUUCCGGUGUUCAUGAUCAAAAUCUCUUGUCUCAAGAUGAGAAUUGAGUGCUCAAGAUGUUGAACGCAGAAGCAGAACUACGGAAGAGGCCUGGUAUCCGCGGAUCCAUUCGAAGAAGCUUUCGUAAGACAGGAACAAAAGAUUCAGUAACCGAUAGUAGAGACCUGCCUAGCGUGCCAGCUGCAGAACCAUCUUCGGAGAAAGAGCGCCCAGGUGAAGGUGUGAAAUGGAAAGGCGACAGGACGAAGAACGUCCGUCCAUAUGUGGCGGCAUUCCAGAAGUCUGUCCAUCCAAAGUCGCGAGGCUUCAGUGUCUUAUUUGACACGUUGGUGAAGAAGGACAUCCCUGGUCUGCGGCGGGCUGCAGCUAGAGGCCUAAGUGUUUUGUGUACACCUGACGCAGAUGGUUACACUCUUCUACAUCAUGCUGCAGCGUUUGGAGUUCCUGAGAUGAUGGCUGUGCUGUUGGAAAUGGGAUUUCCAAUCAACACAAGCAAUGACACAGAGCUUGUUGAUGUCAAAGAGUGUGAGGGCUGUAUGAUGACCCACAACAUCAUGCCACUGCAUUUAGCUGCGUGGAAAGGUGCUAUGGCUGUACUAAAGCUAAUGAUACAAGCCGGUGCCCGGGCAACUGAAAUGAUGAGGCUGACUUGGAUCCGGCGCAUCAACAACACCAUGCACCGCAUGGAAGUGGAGAUGUCGGCGGCUGAGGUUGCGGCAGUGUCCGGCAACGUCAACGAAGCUGUGCUGCUGCACGUGCGUGGCUCACGCCUGAGUGCACGCUUUGCGUGCAACUACGGCGUUCAGCUAUUGCGUGUUUUAGCGUUGGAUUCCAGUGGCGGCGUGGGCCGCGUGGUCUCCGUCGAUGGCUGGGGAGAUUCUGACGAAGAAAAUGACGAGCCAUCGUCAUGUGAAGCACUAACCGAUGAAGUUUGGGAGGAAAUCGUGCGUUCUUACCUGCCGUCCAAGGCUUUGCCGCGGUUCUUCUUUGGUGGCUUGCGGCCUGCAGCUGAAUUCCGUGCCCUGUUGACACUGAUGUCAAGCCUGGGGAAAGUAGUUCCGCAGGUUCUGACGCAAACGCUUCUGGACAUUCAGAUGCCACCUGGAGAUCAUGUCAUGUUCCAAAGUCAAGUGCUUCAAAAGAUAUCCUGCAUGGUAACUUAUGGUGCUGAUCCGGACUCCCUGGCAAAACUGAUAACAACUGCCAAGGACAACUUGGAAUCAAAGCCAGACGCAGGUCGCCCUCUAAUCUCUGAAUGGCGCAAUACACUGGCGUUGAGUGAUGCAGCUGGACAUGAGACUAUGGUCGAUGACAACGGUCUACCAGCAGCCUCGCAGCGCGUGCUCAGUGCAUUGCGCUUGCAGUCAAUCGAUUCAGCACCAUCCACUGUGACGGUAGAACCACUCGUUUGGGAGCCUAGUACUAUUAGCAUUCCCACCGUGGCAGUACCACGGUCUAUGUCAGUUUGUAUGCCGAAAAGCUCAUCACUUGCUGAUGCACGUCGCCACUCCAGCGCUGCUCAGAUGGCCGAUAUCCGGCCUAUGACUGUCGACGAAGAGGCGAUGGAGUGUAAUGGUAUACAGCCAGGAGUCGUGCCACCUCCAGUACCUUCAGGACGUCGCCCUAGUGACGCCGUGUGUUCGUCAUAUUCGGUUGACCGCCGCACCAGCUUAGCCUCCAAGAACAGCCCAUCUUCAGAGUCAAUUAAUGUUGGAGCUAGCUCCCCUGCAACCUCAUCAUCGUCUGCCACAGCAGCCUCUCCUGUUGUUCCAGAAGCAAUUCCGGAAUUUGCAUCUGCCACACAUGCAUACUCAGCUGUCAACAAAUCCUCUGCCCCUACAAAACAGACCCCUGUUGAUUCCCCGGCGAAUUCACCCGUGAAAGCCAGUGCUGCGCAAUCAACAGCCACAGCGGGUGGUCCUCCAGCACCGCCUCCACCACCCGCAACAGGUGGUCCUCCAGCCCCUCCUCCACCACCUGCAACAGGUAGUCCUCCAGCCCCUCCUCCACCACCGGCAACAGGUGGUCCUCCAGCCCCUCCUCCACCACCUGCAACGGGCGGUCCUCCGGCCCCUCCUCCACCACCUGCAACAGGUGGUCCUCCGGCCCCUCCUCCACCACCUGCAGCGGGUGGUCCACCAGCCCCUCCACCACCACCUGCAACAGGUGGUCCUCCGGCCCCUCCUCCACCACCGGCAACAGGUGGUCCUCUGGCCCCUCCUCCACCACCUGCAACAGGUGGUCCUCCAGCCCCUCCUCCACCACCUGCAACAGGUGGUCCUCCGGCCCCUCCUCCACCACCUGCAACAGGUGGUCCUCCAGCCCCUCCUCCACCACCUGCAACAGGUGGUCCUCCAGCCCCUCCUCCACCACCUGCAACUGGUGGUCCUCCAGCACCCCCGCCACCACCUGCAACUGGUGGUCCUCCAGCACCCCCGCCACCACCUGCGGCAGGAGGAGGCCCUCCUCCUCCACCACCAUCACCUGCAGCCGGUGGAGGUCCACCUCCACCGCCACCACCACCUGCAGCAGGUGGAGGUCCACCUCCACCGCCACCACCACCUGGAGCAGCGGGUGGUCCGCCACCCCCUCCACCACCACCUGGUGCUGGGGGAUUGCCAAAGAAAAAAGCAGCAGCUGCACCAGCGGCAAAGAAGCCUGCUCCCAGCAAGGGUGGUGGCAGUUUGAUGGAUGCAAUAGCAGCAUCAGCUCGCAGACGUGCAGAAAAGUCAGGUGAAGAGCUUCCUGAAGAUAUCAAACCAGCGCCGAAGCCUGCACCAACACGCAGCAGUGGUGGAAGUAGCGGAGGAAAGCCAGGAAGUUUAAUGGACGCUAUUGCCGCAUCUGCAAAGAGAAGAGCAGCAAGCAAUGGACCUCCAGAAGAGGCAUCGUCGUCAUCGUCAGCAUCUAAACCACCUCCGCCGGCACCAGUGGCAGCAAAAGGCCCUCCGCCUCCACCAUCUGCAACUGGUGGUCCUCCGCCGCCCCCUCCAGCACCUGCAACAGGAGGAGGUCCGCCUCCACCACCACCACCACCUCCUGCAACAGGUGGCGGCCCACCUCCACCACCACCGCCUCCUGCAGCCAGUGGAGGCCCUCCUCCUCCACCACCACCACCUGCGGCAGGAGGAGGCCCUCCUCCUCCACCACCACCACCUGCAGCCGGUGGAGGUCCACCUCCACCGCCACCACCACUUGGAGCGGCUGGUGGUCCACCUCCCCCUCCACCACCACCUGGUGCUGGGGGAUUGCCAAAGAAAAAAGCAGCAGCUGCACCAGCGGCAAAGAAGCCUGCUCCCAGCAAGGGUGGUGGCAGUUUGAUGGAUGCAAUAGCAGCAUCAGCUCGCAGACGUGCAGAAAAGUCAGGUGAAGAGCUUCCUGAAGAUAUCAAACCAGCGCCGAAGCCUGCACCAACACGCAGCAGUGGUGGAAGUAGCGGAGGAAAGCCAGGAAGUUUAAUGGACGCUAUUGCCGCAUCUGCAAAGAGAAGAGCAGCAAGCAAUGGACCAGCACAAGAGAGCACUUCACCUGUGGCAAGUGCCCCAAAGGCAGCACCUGCACCCACCCCUGCACCACCUGCACCAGCAGCAGCUGGGGGGCCGCCACCGCCCCCGCCGCCACCUGCAGCAGGAGGAGGGCCACCGCCACCUCCGCCACCACCUGCAGCUGGUGGUGGACCCCCACCGCCGCCUCCGCCACCACCUGCAUCAGGUGGUGGACCCCCUCCACCGCCACCUGCCCCUUGAGCGGCUGGUGGCCCGCCACCUCCGCCUCCACCACCUGGGCCAGGUGGCAUAACCAAGGUGAAGGCUGCACCUGCCAAGAAGCCAGCUCCCUUUAGUGGCGGUAACUUGAUGGAUGCAAUUGCUGAUAACGCAAGUGGUUAAAGUGCACGGUCCUAGCCCCAACCAGUUCCAGCACCUUCAACGCCUACACGUUCUUCUGGUGGAUCAAUGCGAGGCGGAGGCCUGAUGGCUGCAAGUCAAGUCAGCUACGCUUGUCAAGCUAGUAAAUCACUUUGAUUGCUCUGUCAUAUUUCUUACUCAUGUAUAGAUCUGUGUAUUUACAUGUGAGUGUGGCCGGAAGGAAAUAAUUCCUUUCUUUUGAACUUUAUAAUCACUAUAGGAAAUAGUUUAGUUUUUUUAUCCCCUCUGUUUUUAGUUGUCACAAUUUUCAAAACCUGUAAUUCAUCAAAUAUAGUCUGACCAAGCAGCAGCUAUUACCCCAUUUAGAACACUUAAAAUUCUGCUUUCUCCUUAAUGCUUCUUGUCGAAAAGACUUGGAACAUGUUGGGCACAUUCAAGAUGCGAUGAUUCUGGUCCUAUCUGCUCGUUUGGUUGCAGAUGUACCGAUCAGUCUUCCUAGAUUCUGUUGGCCGGAUUUGCGUCAAUUUUUUUAAACUCUUUGUAUUACUAUUUCAAUCCCUCUGGGACAGGACAAAGAUAUUACUAGUAAACGUACAAAAUUCAUGCUUUAAAUUUCCCCCUAUUUUAUGAUAGCAUUGUUUCCUCCUUGCUCCUCGGUGACAACUUUUUUUCAUCUGUCGCUUCACAAUCCAUCCGUUGAUCAUGGCUGAGGUUACUUUAUUCAGUCAUCCUCUAUUCUCUUCUGCCAUGAUUACUACCGGUUUAGAUAAAACAUUUAAAAGUUUAAGAAAAAGAACAUGAAAAGC